AUAGAUAGUACAUUCAUAGAAAUUAAGCAAGCUACAAGGCUAUAUGCACCUUGUAAGAAUAUUAACACUAUAAAUAGCAAAGCUAUCUAUUAUUCUCUUAUCCCACAUCCAAAAUAUUUAAAGAUGAAGAUGAUUCAAAUUAUUCUUUUCUUUUUAGCUCUUAUCUCAUAUACCUCAAAUGCUAUUGAUUCUGAUGAUUUCUGUGUAGCAGACUUAUCGUUUCCAGACACCCCUUCGGGCUAUCCAUGCAAGUCGGAAAACAAUGUAACAGCUGAUGAUUUUGUAUUCUCUGGCUUAAAUAUAGCUGCAAACACGUCGACAAACUCUUUUAAAGUUGCAUUUACCACUGUAAAAGUCGAUAAGAUACCAGGUCUCAAUGGACUUGGUAUCUCUGUAGCAAGAAUAGAUCUUGGCUUCAAUGGAAGUGUACCAAUGCACACUCAUCCUGGUGUAGGCGAAUUUAUAAUCGUCAUUCAAGGUCAAAUGACUGCUGGAUUUAUCACACCUAAAAAAGUUUUUAUGAAAACUCUUAAUCCUGGUGAUGUUUGGGUUUUUCCAACAGGACUUUUGCAUUUUAUUCUUAACACUGGUCCUGGAAAUGCUGUUGCUUAUUCUGCAUAUGCUAGCUCAAAUUUCAACACUCAUUUAACUGAUUUUUUGUUAUUUGGUAACAACUUAUCAACUUCCACGGUUCAAAAGACUACUUUUGUUGAUCCUGCACAAAUUAUGAAGCUUAAGGUUAAUUUUGGUGGUAGUGGCUAGGAUUGGUUGCUUAUGAAUCAUCCACUUCUAUCUUUGUUUUAAAUUAAUAAGUUAUGUCAGCAAUAAAAACACAUGUGUGUUAUGUUUUUAUGUUUUUAUUAUUUCAAUUUUCAUUUUAAUAAUACAAGAGGAUGGUAUGGUUCUUAAUUUCUUAUUAUUUCAAUAAAAACAUAACACACAUGUGUGUUAUAUUUUUAUGUUUUUAUUAUUUCAAUUUUCAUUUUAAUAAUACAAGAGGAUGGUAUGGUUCUUAAUUUCUUAUCUAA